GUCACUCCAGGAACCAGCGGACAGGAGCUCAAGAUGGCGACGCACGAAGAGGCGGCGGAGAACAGCGGUUUCUGUCCGAGUUAAACCCGAUUAAAGUGCUUCUGAGAGCGGCCUGGGUGCGGGACAGACCCGGGGAAAAGUGUGUUCGGUGUUUCGAGCGAAGGGCGCGGGGCAGGACCAGAGUCUCUAAAUGGCUGCGAGGAAAUCUGGAUCAGAUGCACACAACAACGGCCCUGUGAGUUAUCUGGAGGAUGUUCCUUUUAAGGUGAAUGAGAAGUUCCGGUGCCCAGCCAAAGUGGGUCUGCCUGUGGGCUUCUGUUUACCUGACUCCUCCCUCCUGCUCAGUGCUCAGUAUGAUUUCUCUCUGGAGCGGCGCAGCGUGCAGUGGGGUGUGGAGCUGGCGGAGGCUCGAGCGGCUCAAGCCCGAGCGAUGGAGGCCAUGAGGGGACAGAAAGACGCCGAGAGCCACCCUGGAGAGGAGUCUAACCCUGGGUCUACAGACUCCCGUGACCCUCCUCUUCCUCCUCCAGCUCUGAACCCCGUAUUAGCUGCUCUGAGCCACAAUGCCAUCCUCAUGCCACUUCCUGCUCCCUCGCUCCGCCCACACAGCUCUCAGCCCACGCCCAUGCUGCACUCACUGGAUUUGGCAGACUUCGAACGUGAGGAGGAUCCUUUUGACAAACUGGAACUCAAAUCGAUUGACGACAAAGAGGAGCUAAAGAGCAUCCUCCAGAACCAACCCCAGCCUCCGCCCUUCUCUUCCUCAGCAGAGGUGCCUCAAGUGGGGGUAGGCUCGCGUGGGAACAGCCCUUCUCCACCUUCCAGCUCUCGGGGCCCGCACAAACCUGCCUUUGCGCACAAAGCCAACGGACUCGUGGCUAUGUUGGAGGUGGGCGCCGUGGACGAUCGGCCAUGUAACAUUCGCUCUCUCUCUUUUCCCAAACUGUCGGACUCAGAGCACCCCGUAGCUCCGCCCCCUUCCACCAGGAUGCCCAAUGGCUCCCCCCAGAGGACGCAGAGGGCAGAGGUGAUAGUGGCACCCGAGCCACUGAGCAAGACCGCAGCAACCAAACCUGUGAACUCUGUGAGCUGUGGCAGUGGCCUGCCAUGUGGGGGCGCUCUGCUCAGUAUGACGCCAGGGGAGAGGCAGUGUGUGGAGACACUGGUGGGGAUGGGAUACUCCUACGAGGGUGUGCUCCGGGCCAUGCAGAAGCAGGGGCAGAACGUUGAGCAGGUGCUGGACUACCUGUUCAUCCACAGCCGACUGUGCGACCGAGGCUUCGAUGCUUCUGCUGUGGAGGAGUGUCUGGAGAUGUACCAGUGCUCAGAGGAGAAGGCUCUGCAGUUCCUCCAGCUCAUGUCCAGAUUUGGGGAGAUGGGAUUCGAACGUGAUGCCAUUAAAGAGGUUUUACUGUUCCACAACAAUGACCAGGACAAAGCUUUGGAGGAGCUGAUGUCCCGAGCCGCGGCCAGCUGAGAGGGCCCUGUGCCUGGAGGAGCGACAAGGAGCACGAACCAGCUAAAACUACAUUUUUCUACUGACUUUGUGCCUCGAAGCAAGCAGCAGAGGAACAUUGGGACGUUCUAUUCCAAACAGACCACAUAAGAAAAGGAUUUGUCAUGAGAGAAGGGCUUUGUGAAAUUGGAAUUCUAGAGAGAUUAAUGGAAAAAUCUUGGAAGUUAUUUAAAAAUAAUUUCUGCCAUGUGAAAGGGGUUGUGAAAUUGCAAUUCUUGGAAAUGGCAAAGAAUUUAAGAACUUUUUUGACGCUCAAAUAUGAACCAAUUUAAGCAAUGGAAAAUCUGAAAGAUUUCGGAAUAAAAAUAUUUUCGAGACAGUUUUAGAAAAUGGAACUGUUGGCUUUAUGAAGCAAGAACUGAUGUGAGCUGUCCUCUCUCUGUUCAGCGAAAAGGGGCAGCGCAGGGUCUCUGGAGAUUUUGGACCCAGACUUUGAACCAGAUUUGGACCCGGACUUUGGACCGGGAUUGUGAUCAGGCAGGUCGGACUCACCAAGUGCCCUCCUCCCUCCCUCCCUGCCUGAUCCUGUGUGUUCACUCACAAUGGUUGUUUUACUGUUCUGCACUUUUUUAGGCAUUUAAGUUCAGAUUUUUUUUUGAGUUUAUCCAUAAAAAAACAUCAAUCUGCAGUUUAAUAAAAAAAGAGGUGCCACAGAAUAGGAGCUGCGCUGAAAUUGUGCUGCAAUCAUGGUCUUCCUAGACAAAAUACUAAAUAAAUAUGGGUAAAGGUUUGUCAUUUUAUUUUUCAAUCCAGAAAUUACUUGGACAUUAGGCUAAGUGAUGGACAUUAGGCUAAGCAAUAAAAAUCAAAUCAUGAGCUUUUGGAUUUCAACCAAUUGCAGUGAAGAGUAAAGUUUCAGAAGAAGCAGAUAAGUUUAGUGGCCUCUUCAAGGCAAUAUAAAGUUAAGUCUGUGAAUUGUGAUCUCGCUCCAAACAUCUGAAUUAUUUUUUGGCAUAUCGCACACACCUACUUGGACUCCAUAUUUUACACAAUAUAAAUACAAUAUAGUAAAGAUUAAAAAUAAGUUGGAAGUCUUAAAAAUCUUCUAUGUUUGUACCAAAUAUUAUUAAAAUAAUUGUAGUAAUGGUGCAUCAAUCGCCCGGUUUCUCGGUAUGAGUUAAACUGCCACAAAACGCUUAGAUAUGACACUUGUACUUGGGAAGGUGAAAGAAGUGACAACAUUUCUUGUGAUUAUACAAGAAUCCCAUGCGUUUCGAAACAUGUUUGUAGAGGUCUUAUCUACAGGUGCAAGAUUUAUGUAUAAACACUAGGGAUGCACCGAUCCAAUACUGCUAUCGGGUAUCGGCUUCCAAUUAUUUUGCCGAUAUCGUGGUUGGACAUAUAAAUUGAUGUAAUAAGAAUCUUUACUGGUUGUAGUCGCCCAGAUAGUCUCAGAAUGUUUGAACUUUUAUUUAUACAAAUUUGUUCUGUUGUUACUUGAGAUAUAAAUAACAGCUCAUAACACAUUUGACAUUCUGUCUUAUUUUAUUUAGUAAAUAAGUGCUGUUUUCAGUCUUUGUUCUGAUAUCAGUUGAUAUCGGCAGAUACAGUUUUCAAUACAGUAUCGAAGCAGAAAAAGAUGGAUUGAUGCAUCCCUGAUAAACAGACACGAUAGUUUCUUCUUUGUAGAUGACAUUCUAUUCUCAAAAUAAUUACAGUCUGAUUUGAUCAUUGUGGCACCUGCAGUUGAUCAUUUCAGUGCAAUAUAUUAUGCAGCCCUACUUGCUCAUAGACACAACAACAGUAUGCAGUGAUCUGAGGGGAUGGACCUGUUAUAUGAUCAUCGCUUUACCAUCUGACCUAUUUUUGUAAUUUGAUCCCUACAUGCUUAGAAACAACAGUAAAAUAUUCAAGCACGUGGUCAUUUAAUUAAGUUGAACAAAAGUUUUUAAAAAAAUUGUAUUUAAGGUUUAUUGUAAGUACAGAAAUGUUUCCCUAUUUAAAAAAAAACGGGUAAAAACCUGCAAAACAAAUUCAAUCUGGGAGGACCAUGAAUGCAGCAUCACUGUUGAGAGAAAAUUGUAUUCCUCAGUACAUAAUUUAAUAAAUGUCCUCUUUCUAACAGCACAA